AUGAGUGCAGACGAUAGCGGAGCAACGACCUCGAUGUCGGCAACAAACGGCGAACUCACCACCGCCACCCCCGACCCCCCUGCCUUGGCUACACCCGGUAAGCGCAAGCGCGUAUCGAGCCAUGAGGACAAGACUUCUCAAGACCCCAAUACCGCCACAUCGCAGGCGCAAGAGAAAAUAAAACUCCAAGAGAACCUGCGCAAUCUUGUUGAUAUUCUCAGCAAAAAUGACACGGAACUCCAUCUCUUGUCCUGUACGUUGCCGAGUUCCCCUGCGAAGCCUCGUUCAAAACGCGCGAAAGUGUCGAGCGACAGAGAUGAACCUACAAGUAUCCAAACACGGGUCGCCUCGGAUCGAUACAACUCCCUGUCUGAGUUUUUGAGUGACAUUGAGAGGGCUUCCGCGGCUGUGAUUGAGAGAAACAAAACCUUGGCCGCUGGUACUCAGGCAGACGGAUCGGCCCUGUCAGAAACCGUGAAUCGCAUAGCCGCAUUCAAGAAGGUUUUGAACAGCCUUGUUCGUCAGGCCCAGGUGAGCCAGUCGACCAUCAAAGCUGAAGUAUCUGAGGAUGAUACCGAAGUGCCUGCGGAAACCACCACUCCGAAUGUUGAGACUCGAAAUGAAAACAUGGUCUUGACGUUGUUUGGAAACCCCGCGAACCCAAAACAGCUCUACUCAAGCCUUCAAAAAUCCGUCAAAGUCCCUCUGCCCUCCGAUGAUCCAUCAACGGAAAAGUACGUGGAAGUACAAGCACCCCUCCGCGAGGUGGGCUUGCCUAACGGGAUCACGACUACUAAAGCGGUCCCUUACAAUGCGGAGGCUAAGUCGAAGGAGCCGAAGAGGACUUUCGGUGAGGUGUUCGCUCCUCAAAAGAACUUGCCUCACUUGGAACCUCCGCGUAAAGCAAGAUCUUCCUCUCGGAGUAUCAAUGGGUGGCUCGAUAAUUUCGAGGCGAUUACAAACUACAAGGCUUUCCUUGGGGAUCGGAAUAACUACUGCCUCGCGCCUCUGCCUUCGGGUCAAUGGCUCCAGUACGGCGGUGUUACUUCCUCCCCUUCUUACUGGAAUCGUCGCCAGAAACAACAGUCGUCGCAACAACAUGUCCAGGAUCGGGUCGAAGAGGAUCCCGCUAUGUGGAUUGACGAUGACGCGUCUGUUCUGCAGGGUGUUUACUCGUCUUUCGCUCCUUCAUUCGACAGCUCGGGGGCUAUUGUACAACAUGAUGCAAAAGAUUCGGUAUGGUGGAGCAGACGGGGUGCAAAGCGCCUGUACACGUUAGUAUCACUGCCUUACCAGGACGAGGAUGCAUCCUCAGAACGUCCCGGUAACAUUGGUGAACUUGACGAGAGUACCUUGGAAGAGAUGGUGAAAAACUUCAACCCAGAAGACUUCGCCGAUAACGUCUCUCACACCGAGGCGCCAAAGGAGGAGCAGGAAGCUGAAGAGCGUGAGCAGGACCUGGAAGACAUGCUGCGUGACGUCUCGGAUCUGCUGGAGACCCUCAGCUCAUAUCAGAGAAACCGCAACCUUGAACUUCCAACCGCUGGUGGCGGCCAGACCACCGAGCCUAAGGAAAAGACAGGUUCCGAUUCAAAGACAUCAGGUGCUCCUUCUGAGGCCGAAAUGGAUGUGUACGAGACACUGCGGACCAGCUUAGCCACCCUGAUCUCCAACUUGCCCCCCUAUGCUGUCGCGAAAUUGAACGGCGACCAACUGAACGAGUUGAACAUCAGCCAGAAAGUGGUGAUCGAGAACCCCGACUAUCAGGGAACGAUGGAGAAGGACGACUUCACGAUCCAACAGGAACGAGCGGCAGCCAUGGCCCCGAUGGCAGGCACCGCUAAUCGGACACCAUCGCGUUCUGGAGGCUACCCGACAGGGUACAACCAGCGAGCUUAUUCUCAUAACGCGCGAGUGCCACCACAGGGUGGUGUUCAGGCUCCCUACUAUAGCGGGAGACAACCCUCGAUGUCGGGACCUACAACAUACACUCCAGGACAUCCACAAAGCUAUACGGGCGCGCGCCCCCCUACAACACCAUCUCAGCGACCAGGCUUCGUCCCAGGAUAUACACAGCCUACCCCCUACAACCAAGGGCAAUUCCAGCGGCCGGGGCAAAAUGGGUAUAAUCCCUACGCGGCGCAACAAGGAACACCUGCCGCCCAAACCUCUCCGCAACCAUACACGCCGCGACCUGGACAGCCCGGAUAUAAUCCCGCAUACGCAGCUGGACGAAGUGCCUCCCCUCAAAAACCACCUGCUUACACUGCUCCACGAACGCCAUAUAUGACCCCGGGAUCCGCCAAUCCCCAGCAACGAUACAUGCCGCAGCAGCAGCCCCCACCCUACGGAAAUUUUCCCUCCAACCAAGCGCCGCCACCGUCUGGUGCUUAUUCCAAUUCGGCGGCCGCCAUGACUUAUGCCCGCAGUGCUGCUGAGCAGGCUGUUUUAAUGGAAAAAAAUAGACGAGAGCUGCAGCUUGCGGCCCGACAGGGUUCAACGCCACAACCGACAACAGAGCAGGCCAGUUCCCAAGAUCGGAGUGUCACGCCCAGUAGCCGGCAGAACGGAACUCCAAUGGCUUCAUGA